GGAGGAUGGCGGCGGCCGCGCAAGAUGGCGGCCCCGGCCGGGGCCCCGCGCCCCCCCGCCCGCCUCCCGGCGCCCGCGGCUGCCGCCACUAUGAGCGCGGCUGCCUCCUCAAGGCUCCCUGCUGCGAGAAACUUUACAUCUGCCGCCUGUGCCACGACAGCGAAGAAGACCAUCAGCUGGAUCGUUUUCAAGUGAAAGAAGUGCAGUGCGCCAGCUGCGAAAAACUCCAACAGGCUCGUCAGAGUUGCGAAGAUUGCGGCGCCUUGUUCGGAGAAUAUUACUGCCACAUCUGCCACCUGUUUGACAAAGACAAGAAGCAGUACCACUGUGAGGAGUGUGGGAUCUGUAGGAUCGGUCCCAAGGAGGAGUUUUUCCACUGCUCCAAGUGCAACCUCUGCCUAGCUCUGAGCCUCCAAGGGAAGCACAAGUGCAUCGAAAACGUGUCUCGGCAGAACUGUCCGAUCUGUUUGGAGGACAUCCACACGUCACGGGUCGUCGCUCACGUGCUGCCUUGCGGACACCUCCUGCACAGGACGUGUUACGAAGCUAUGCUAAAGGAGGGCUACAGAUGUCCACUCUGCAUGCACUCGGCUUUAGACAUGAGUAGGUACUGGCGCCAGUUGGACGACGAAGUGGCCCAGACCCCAAUGCCCACGGAGUAUCAGAACAUGACGGUGGAGAUUCUCUGCAACGACUGCAGCGCCCGGUCCACGGUCCAGUUCCACAUCCUGGGCAUGAAGUGUAAGAGCUGCGAGUCGUAUAACACGGCCCAGGACGGAAGCUGCGGCAGUCCGCUCCAGCAGCAGUGACCGGACAGGACAGGGCAGGGCAGACGGGCGGCUCCACCUUUCCUCCGUCCCACAAGAAACCGUCCCCCGCCAGCCCGUCGCUCCGUCGGGUCACAAACUUCGCGUCGGUGUUCGUGUGUCCGUAGACGCGCCCGCUAAAUAAAGUCCCAUCCCAGCUCCUGAAGGGUCAGGAUCCCGUGGAGGGGAUUUCGGACUCUGUGGGUCGGUUGAGGGAAGACGGGGCCGGUCGAGGGGGGCUGCAGGAGGGCUACCCUUCCGGCCCCUUCGUCGGUCUCUCGUAGAGCUGUGCUUUUCUCGUGCUCGGGGCCUUGGGCUUUAAGAGCGGCGAGCCAUAGGAGUAGAAUCGAUCUCGCCAUUCCAGUCUAAUUACCUCCACUUGAGAAUGUUCCAGAGCGGUCCUUCCAAUGCCGUACCCGUGCGUUUCGUUGUAGCUUACCCCAAUAAAAUUCUUCCAGACUCAACCCUCAACGUCAA